AUGCCCCCGCCAGAAUCUUCAUUCAGCGCCUACAACCCAGCCAUGGAUGGCUCGUCUCCCACGCAACCGUGGACUCCAUCGCGGGGUUCGUCCGAGUUUACCCGGCCGCCUCCAGUGACCACCAGAUACGAGCCGGCGGAGCUCAACGGCAGUCCAAGACCAGGCACGCCCGCCUCGACCUACGGCGGCAGUCCGAGGCGACCGCUGCCCCCUGCGCCUUUAUUCUCCCACCAGGCUCGCGGCUCGACCAGUUCCUUUGCCGACGACGUCACUGUCAGCAUUCCGCUGGCAGAGGACACCGACGACGUCUUCGCGCCCGAGUCCGAUCUAGGUGGUGCGAGGCAUCAGCGUGAAUCGUACGCCCAGUCGCAGACAACACUGAGCGAAGACGCCACGGAUGCGUCGGUCAAUAAUGAGAAGAUGGGACGCUACGGACUGGCGCCCGAGGGGAAGCAGGAGCGCCGCGGCGUCCGCGCGCCGCAGAUGAGCAAGAAGGAGGUGCAGCUGAUCAAUGGCGAACUGGUGCUCGAAUGCAAGAUCCCGACCAUCCUGUACAGCUUCCUGCCCCGCCGAGACGAGAUCGAGUUCACGCACAUGCGGUACACGGCCGUAACCUGCGAUCCCGACGACUUCGUCGACCGGGGCUACAAGCUGCGCCAGAACAUAGGGCGGACGGCGCGCGAGACGGAGCUGUUCAUCUGCAUCACCAUGUACAACGAGGACGAGUACGACUUUACGCGCACCAUGCACGCCGUCAUGAAAAACAUCAGCCACUUCUGUAGCCGCAACAGAAGCCGAACCUGGGGAGACCAGGGGUGGCAGAAGAUCGUGGUCUGCAUCGUGUCGGACGGGCGCGAGAAGAUCCACCCGCGCACGCUCGACGCGCUGGCCGCCAUGGGCGUCUACCAGCAUGGCAUCGCCAAGAACUACGUCAACCAGAAAGCCGUGCAGGCCCACGUGUACGAGUACACGACCCAGGUGUCGCUGGACUCGGACCUCAAGUUCAAGGGCGCCGAGAAAGGCAUCGUGCCCUGCCAGAUCAUCUUCUGUCUCAAGGAGAAGAACCAGAAGAAGCUCAACUCGCACCGCUGGUUCUUCAACGCGUUUGGCAAGGCGCUCAACCCCAACGUGUGCAUUCUGCUGGACGUGGGCACGCGACCUGCAAAUACGGCGCUGUACCAUCUGUGGAAGGCGUUCGACACCGACUCGAACGUGGCCGGCGCGUGCGGAGAGAUCAAAGCGAUGAAGGGCCGUUGGGGUAAAAACUUACUGAACCCUCUCGUCGCAUCUCAAAACUAUGAAUAUAAGCUGUCCAACAUCCUCGACAAGCCGCUCGAGAGUGUGUUCGGAUACAUCACGGUGCUGCCCGGCGCCCUCAGCGCGUACCGCUACCACGCGCUACAGAACGACGAGACCGGCCACGGGCCGCUCAGCCAGUACUUCAAGGGCGAAACCCUGCACGGACAGCACGCGGAUGUGUUUACUGCCAACAUGUACCUCGCUGAGGAUCGCAUCCUCUGCUGGGAGCUGGUGGCCAAGCGCGGCGAUAGAUGGGUGCUGAAGUAUGUGAAGGGAUGCACAGGCGAGACCGAUGUGCCCGACACCGUGCCCGAGUUCGUCUCACAGCGUCGCCGCUGGCUCAACGGCGCCUUCUUCGCUGCCGUGUAUUCGCUUGUCCACUUCAGGCAGAUCUGGCAGACGGACCACACUCUCGCCCGUAAGAUCUUGCUGCACAUCGAAUUCGUGUACCAGUUCAUCCAGCUGCUGUUCACCUACUUCUCGCUCGCCAACUUCUACCUGACCUUCUACUUCAUCGCUGGCGGCCUGGCCGACCCCCAAGUGGAUCCCUUCGGCGGCCGCGCGGGUCUGUACAUCUUCACGAUCCUGCGCUACGUCUGCGUGCUCCUCAUCUCGACCCAGUUCGUCCUCUCCCUCGGCAACCGACCGCAGGGCGCCAAGAAGAUGUACCUGGCGUCCAUGAUCAUCUACGCCGUCAUCAUGGCCUACACGUCGUUUGCCUGCAUCUACAUCGUGGUGCGGCAGUUCACGCACAAGGACGACCCGGACCUCAACCUGGGCAACAACGUCUUCACAAACCUGGUGGUCUCCACGGUGUCGACGAUCGGGCUGUACUUCUUGAUGUCGUUCCUGUACCUCGACCCGUGGCACAUGUUCACGUCCUUCAUCCAGUACUACAUCCUGCUGCCGAGCUACAUCUGCACGCUGCAGAUCUACGCCUUCUGCAACACGCACGACGUGACGUGGGGUACCAAAGGCGACAACGUCAUGAAGACGGACCUCGGCGGGGCCGUCGGCAAGGGCAGCACGGUCGAGCUCGAGAUGCCGUCGGAGCAGCUCGACAUCGACUCGGGCUACGACGAGGCGCUGCGCAACCUGCGCGACCGUGUCGAGGUGCCGCCCCCCGCCGUGUCAGAGGAUCAGCUGCAGCAGGACUACUACAAGAGCGUGCGCACCUACAUGGUGGUCACCUGGCUCAUCGCCAACGCGACGCUCGCCAUGGCCGUCAGCGAGGCCUACGGCGGCAGCUCCAUCGGCAACAACUUCUACCUGCGCUUCAUCCUCUGGUCCGUCGCCGGCCUCGCCGGCUUCCGCGCCCUCGGCAGCACCGCCUACGCCGUCAUCGCCCUCGUCAACACCGUCGUCGAGGGCCGCGUCCGCCUCACCCUCAAGAUGCCCAAGUGGCUCGGCGGCUGGGGCAGCAGGAUCAGCGACACCAUGAGCAGCGUUGCGAGCAGCGUGAGGAGGUGA